AAUCUGAACUGAUCCCGCUAUAAAUUCACCUUUGAUUAAUUCGGUUGUUUUCUUUAUCUAACUUGAAUAAAGGUUUAACAAAUUUUCCUUUCAUUUUUACAAGUCUUUGGAACGCAACAACGCGGUUUCUACCAAAGUGUUAACAACGAAUAACAACCAGAAAAAAAAAGUGAAAGAUCCUUCGUUUGUUGACGAUUGAAACAUAGCUAUGAACAUCUUCACCAAGAAACCCACCGCCAAAGAGGCUCUUCGGGAGAGUAAACGGGAAAUGACAAACGCCACUAGAGGUUUAGAAAGGGAAAUUGCAUCAUUACAAUCGGAAGAAAAGAAAUUAGUUGCUGAGAUUAAGAGAACUGCUAAGACAGGAAAUGAGGCAGCAACUAAAACUCUAGCUCGGCAGUUGAUAAGGCUUAGGCAACAGAUCGGUAAUCUUCAGGGUAGUCGAGCUCAAAUGAGAGGCAUAGCAACUCACACGCAGGCAAUGCAUGCCCAUUCUUCUGUUGCGGUUGGCAUUCAAGGUGCUACCAAGGCAAUGGCAGCUAUGAAUAAGCAAAUGGAACCAGCAAAGCAAGCCAAAGUUAUGCAGGAAUUCCAGAAACAAUCGGCACAGAUGGAUAUGACUACUGAAAUGAUGUCAGAUGUCAUAGAUGAUGCCUUGGAUGAUGAUGAAGCUGAAGAGGAGACUGAAGAGCUUACAAAUCAGGUGCUUGAUGAAAUCGGUGUGGAUGUUGCCUCGCAGUUAUCAGCAGCUCCCAAAGGGAGAGUUGCAACAAAGAAUACAGAAAGUGUUGGCAGCUCGGGCAUUGAUGACCUUGAGAAACGUUUGGCAGCUCUAAGAAACCCGUAAUUUUGACUGUGGUUAUAUUGUUCACGAUCUCGAAGAUUCAAACUAAAAUUCUUUCCUUAAGUUUUACGUGUAUAUACUAUAAACUAUAUACGACAUGAAAUUGCUAUGUAAAUGAGGGAGGGCCAAGUCAAUUUGUUAUGUCAUUGCCUAUAUGAUGUUUGGGGGGACUGAAGUUAUGCAAGGGGAGAACAGUAGUAGAUUGAACAUAUUAAAUGCCAAGAUAUAUCACUAUUUAUUUUUUAAA